GGCGCCUCAGUCUGGAAGCGACGGCGGGGUAGCUGGCUGCUGCUAGCCGAGCUCCCCAGGAGACCAGGGCGGCCCAGGCGAGAGGACGACAGGAGGGCCAUCCGCCCGCCCGCGCGCAGCCGGCCGCCAUGAAGCCCCCCGCAGCCUCUGCUGGGGACCCUGUGGCUGCAGCAUCCCCUUGCUCCACGGUGAAUCACCUACGCUGGGACCUGAGUGCGCAGCAGAUCGAGGCCUUGAGCAAGGAGCUCAUUGAGCAAACCAAGCGCGUGUAUGACCGCGUGGGCGCCCAGGACUUCGAGGAUGUGUCCUACGAGAGCACCCUGAAGGCACUGGCCGAUGUGGAGGUGACCUACACAGUGCAGAGGAACAUCCUCGACUUCCCCCAGCACGUGUCCCCAAGCAAGGACAUCCGAGCAGCCAGCACAGAGGCUGACAAGAAGCUCUCAGAGUUCGACGUGGAGAUGAGCAUGAGGCGGGACGUGUACCAGAGGGUCGUGUGGCUGCAGGAGAAACUCCCCAAAGACUCCCUGCGGCCUGAGGCAGCGCGCUAUCUGGAGCGGCUGGUCAAGCUGGGCCGGAGGAAUGGGCUGCACCUCCCUCAGGACACACAAGAGAAGAUCAAGAGCAUCAAGAAGAGGCUGAGCCUGCUGUGCAUCGACUUCAACAAGAACCUGAACGAGGACACCACCUUCCUGCCCUUCACGCGCGAGGAGCUGGGCGGGCUCCCGGAGGACUUCCUGAACUCGCUGGAGAAGGCAGAGGACGGCAAGCUGAAGGUCACCCUCAAGUACCCGCACUACUUCCCGCUGCUGAAGAAGUGCCACGUGCCGGAGACACGGCGCCUGGUGGAGGAGGCCUUCAACUCCCGCUGCAAGGAGGAGAACUGUGCCAUCCUGAAGGAGCUGGUGUCACUGCGGGCACAGAAGGCCAGCCUGCUGGGCUUCCAAACACACGCUGACUACGUCCUGGAGAUGAACAUGGCCAAGACCAGCCAGACAGUGGCCACCUUCCUAGAUGAGCUGGCGCAGAAGCUGAAGCCGCUGGGGGAGCAGGAGCGUGCGGUGAUCCUGGAGCUGAAGGAGGCAGAGUGUGCCAGGCGGGGGCUGCCGUUCAAUGGGCGGAUCCACGCGAGCGACAUGCGCUACUACAUGAACCAGGUGGAGGAGACACGCUACCGCGUGGACCAGAACCUGCUGAAGGAGUACUUCCCCAUGCAGGUGGUCACACGUGGGCUGCUGGCCAUUUACCAAGAGCUGCUGGGGCUGACCUUCACGCUGGAGGAAGGCGCCGCCGCCUGGCAUGAGGACGUGCGGCUGUACUCGGUGCGCGAUGCCACCUCUGGAGAGGAGAUUGGCAAGUUCUACCUCGACCUGUACCCCAGGGAAGGGAAGUAUGGCCAUGCGGCCUGCUUCGGCCUGCAGCCCGGCUGCCUACGGGAGGAUGGCAGCCGACAGCUGGCCGUUGCGGCCAUGGUGGCCAACUUCACCAAGCCCACGCCCGACACGCCCUCCCUGCUGCAGCACGAUGAGGUGGAGACCUACUUCCACGAGUUUGGGCACGUGAUGCACCAGCUCUGCUCACAGGCGGAGUUUGCUAUGUUUAGUGGGACGCACGUGGAGCGGGACUUUGUGGAGGCGCCCUCCCAGAUGCUGGAGAACUGGGUGUGGGAGAAGGAGCCGUUGAUGCGCAUGUCCCAACACUACCGCACGGGCAGUGAGGCCCCGCAGGACCUGCUGGAGAAGCUCAUCAAAUCACGCCAGGCCAAUGCAGGCCUCUUCAACCUUCGGCAGAUUGUCCUUGCCAAGGUGGACCAGGCCCUGCACACACAGACUGACGCAGACCCGGCUGAGGAGUAUUCCCGGCUCUGCCAAGAGAUCCUCGGGGUCCCUGCCACACCAGGGACCAACAUGCCAGCCACUUUCGGCCACCUGGCUGGCGGCUACGACGCCCAGUACUAUGGCUACCUGUGGAGCGAGGUGUACUCCAUGGACAUGUUCCAUACGCGCUUCAAGCAGGAGGGGGUGCUGAGCCCCAAGGUUGGCAUGGAUUACCGGACCAAGAUCCUGAGGCCGGGGGGCUCUGAGGAUGCCUGCACCAUGCUGAAGCAGUUUCUGGGCCGUGACCCCAAGCAGGACGCCUUCCUCCUGAGCAAGGGUCUGCAGGUGGAGGGCAGCGAGCCACCUGCCUGCUGACCGCCCCCCAGCUCGCCGCCCUGUGCCUUAGCCCAGCCAGCCUGGGCGGCCUCAGUUGCCCUGGGGCCUAUGGAUGAGCUUGGGCCAAUUUUCCAUCGUUGUCACACCCCAGCUCAAGGUCCCCUGGCAUCAGGCUGCCCCAGUGGCCGCCAGCUUGCACUAGCCCCUCCCAGCACCUGACGGUGGACGUGGUUAAAUUUCACACAGGGGCACCUGCCUGCUCCUCCCUGUACUGCUGUGCCCCACAGGCGUGGCCUGCCACUGCUCUACUACUCUGGGCUGUGACAUUCUUGGGUCACAUGACAGUCCAGCUAUUGGAGGGUGCUAAGGAAUGGAGCCAGGGUCACCUGUCCAGUGUGUCACUCAGGGUCAUUUGUCUGUUCUCAACAACCAGUUUCUUUCUGGACCUUUCUAAGGGAAGAUUGGGAGCAAGACUUGGUGAGGGUCUGCCACCUGCUGGCUGUGUACAGUAUUGUAACCUCUAGCUGCCAUUAAAUCUGCAUUUAAAAAAGAAAAA